CGCUUCUCAAUCACCAAUCAAUCUACGUUUCCACCAACCACCACAGAAGUCCACGGCCUUUUUUUCGAAUCUCGAGAUUCUGAGCUCCGACGUCUACAACCUCCCCGCACCUAUGAGCUCAUAACACUGUGGCAAUGACCCAAGAUGCCCCCUCCGACCUGCGCUACGUGCGGUACGACAGCGCCCGCGAGAAUGAAUACGUCGCCGCCAUGCGCCAGCUGAUCUCCAAAGACCUGUCCGAACCAUACAGUAUCUACGUCUACCGUUACUUCCUCUACCAGUGGGGGGACCUCUGUUUUCUGGCCAUGGACGACAAGGACGAGAUGGUCGGCGUGGUGGUGUCAAAACUGGAGCCGCAUCGUGGUGGCCCACUGCGAGGGUAUAUCGCCAUGCUGGCCGUGCGCGAGGAAUACCGGGGGCGGGGAAUUGCGACGAAAUUGGUGCGCAUGGCCAUUGAUGCAAUGACCGAGAGGAAUGCGGAUGAGAUCGUCCUCGAAACCGAAAUCACCAAUACCGCUGCAAUGAAACUCUACGAGCGACUAGGCUUCUUACGGAGCAAGCGACUUCACCGAUAUUAUUUGAACGGCAACUCCGCCUACCGGCUCGUCCUAUAUCUUAGGGAAGGGGUUGGCUCGAUUCGAACGUCAUUUGACCCGUAUGGUCUACCUCCGCCUCCGCCUAUGGAUCAGCUAUAUCAAGCUCCCACAGCGACACAAGGCAAUGGGAGUUGAUCUGCUUUGUGCUCUCGGCAGUACAUCUGAUUAUGAAUCCCCGUGGCGGAGGGUGGGCAUGAUCAUGAUAACUUGAUGGGAAACGACAUGAAUGAAUAGACUUGCACUUGCACCUGCAAUCGGCGUCUGGGUCUGAUAGCGAAUAGUAUAAUAUAAAAUUAAGAAAGGGAGAUUAAAGUAACCUCCAUCUUCCUACGAAGCAGUGUUCUACCCGUUGACGGCACCUGGAAUGCCGUAUGGCCGUGGCAUUAUG